AUGUCACCCAACACCAACCCUUCUAACACACAACCUCGUAAAAGACUUAUCAUCAAGCUCAGUUAUCCUCCUGGUUCAAGAAAACGCGAUUCAGAUUCUUGUGCCACAGAUGAAAACAAGAGAAGGAAGAUUCAAGAUUCUGUAAAACCAACCAUAUCCUGUUAUUGGGUUGAUUCAAAUUAUCAAACCAAAUCAACAGCUUUGUCUCAACCAAAGAAUAAUGGCAAUGUUGUUGAAGACAAGAAUAUGAUCAAGAACCAAGUUUCCAAAACAACACCUUUGUCUCAACCAAAGGAUAAUGACAAUGUUGUUGAAGACAAGAAUAUGAUCAAGAACCAAGUUUCCAAAACAACACCUUUGUCUCAACCAAAGGAUAACAUGAAGGAUUCAACAACAAGAGGUGAAGAAUGUGGGUUGAAGGAACCGAUGGAUGGUGUUAAGAGGAGGCAAUGUUGGUUGAUAUUGAAGAGGAUGUUGGUAGAUAGAGAUGGUUGGGAUUUGAAAGAUCCUCCAAAAAUAGUAAAGUCUGAUAAGUGUAAGAUAAAGACAAUAGGUUUGAAGGAAAUAGAGAGAAAAAUGAGGUUGUAUGCAACAGAGGAUGAGUUUGCUAGCGACAUGAGGCUUGUGUUCUCUAAUGCAAUGGUAACGUAUCCUCCAAGAAAUCAUAUUUACCAAAUUGCAAAAAAAUUUAGUGACACCUUUGAACACAAAUGGAAGUCAUUGAAGAAUAUGUGGGAACUUGAGGAUACAAAAAGAAGCAACUCUCACAAGAGAUGCUAA